UCUUCGCUUCGGAAGGGAGCGGGUGACUCAGCACCAGCAGCCGGCGCGCCGGAGUCGCCUCCUUCGCCGGUUCCGUUUCCGUCUUUGCUGCGGACUGAGAAGCAAAGCAAGAUGGCGACGACGCUCUCGGUUCUCCAGGCCUUGGAUUUCGCGGGCGGAUUCAGUUUCCACAACUGCGCCCGGAAUGCUCAGCUAGAAGCAGAGUGUUCCAAGAAGGGUCUCCGGCUUCCUUCAGCCCGCAAGACAGGAACAACCAUUGCUGGGGUUGUGUUUAAGGAUGGUGUUGUGCUUGGAGCAGAUACAAGAGCCACUGAAGGGAUGGUUGUUGCUGAUAAGAACUGUUCAAAAAUCCACUUUAUCUCUCCAAACAUCUACUGCUGUGGAGCUGGGACUGCUGCAGACACUGAAAUGACAACCCAACUGAUCUCUUCCAACAUGGAACUCCACUUGCUUUCAACUGGAAGGCUUCCAAGAGUGGUUACCGCCAACCGGAUGCUAAAACAGAUGCUCUUCAGGUAUCAAGGUUAUAUAGGUGCUGCCCUGGUUCUAGGUGGGGUUGAUGUCACUGGGCCCCACCUCUACAGCAUCUAUCCCCAUGGAUCUACAGACAAAUUGCCUUAUGUCACAAUGGGUUCAGGCGCUUUGGCAGCUAUGGCAGUUUUUGAAGACAAUUUCAAGCCGGACAUGGAGGAAGAAGCAGCCAAACAGCUCGUGAGAGAUGCCAUUGCAGCUGGGAUAUACAAUGAUCUGGGCUCAGGCAGUAAUAUUGAUUUGUGUGUCAUAAGCAAGAACAAGCUGGACUUCCUCCGCCCUUAUGACAUGCCAAACAAAAAGGGCGAACGGCAAGGGAGAUACAAGUGUGAGAGAGGAACCACAGGAAUUCUCACUGAAAAAGUUACUCUGCUGGAUCUUGAAGUGAUGGAUGAAACAGUGCAAAUAAUGGAUACAUCCUGAUUUAUUGAAAACUUUCCAGUCCUUGGAGUGGACUAGGUGUAUUGUUUUUAUAUUGAAACACCUUUCUGUAAGCUGCAUAAUUUGAAAUUAAUAAACACCAGUGGAACUGUU